AUGCCGCUUAUUGUGCCCGGAAUCACCAGCCAGCCCGGCAAUAAGACUGAAGAAUGGCAAAACAAGCUCGUCGGCAAGAAACUAUCCGACACGGAGCACACAGAGACGCUCUUCUGCAAGAAAGACCUCCCGCAGGAGCACCGCGUCAUUGGGCCCGGCCAGGCCGUCACCAUGGACUUUAAAGAGAACCGGCUCAACGUCCACCUGGACGAUAAGGGUACCGUUUCCCACGUCACCCACGGGUAG